ACAUAUGUCCAAAGGAGAACUUGAUUCAACCUAUUUGGACUUUCAAAAGCCAAAGGUGACAUUCGCGUUUAAAAACCGAUCUUUACCUAUGUAAAUAAUGUUAAUAAUAAAUAGCCGUCCAUUAGUUAGUCCUUUGUUAACAAAAAUAUUAAAUCUCGCAUGCUUACUUCAAAAUACGCAUUUUUAAUCGGUUAAUAAAUUGUUGUUAAAUGUGAGUGUUAUUAACAAAUAUUAAGAGAUUUAUUCGCUUAUUUUCAGAGCUUUUACAGUAUUGAGGAUAUCAAAAUAUCAGCAUAAAAUAAAUUGACGUAUACUGUGUAGUUUAUGUAUCACUAGAAAUAACUUAUUAUAUGUUGUCGAUAAAUACUUGUGAUGGACAACAUCUUAAACGGGCCGUCCAACAGAUAAAGCGUCGUAUCGUUGCGAAACGAUAUUUCGAAGCUACGAGGAUUGCUUAUAUAGCUAAAAAUACAUCCGCCCAUGGUAUGAGCGUGGAUGGUCGAGUGGUCUAGACGGGAGGCUUUUUACUCCAGGAAUCCAAGGGGUCAGUGGUUCGAGCCCUGUUGAGGGUUACUAUUUUCCUUUUUUUAAUUGUAUUCUUGCUUUUUUACUGGAGAUUUUUAGUUCUAAUGUUUUAAAUUACCAAUAUAAAGCAUUUAAAGCAUUUAAUGACAAGCUUCAAUAUAUGCCAAAAUCUGUUGGACGGCCCCUUUAAAUAUUUUUUACACACUCAAUAUCAGCGGUGUUAUAUUGGAAACGGAAGAUUUCUUGGUAUGUAUGACUACUUGUUUUCAGGCUUGUCGAGGCGGACACGACUGGACCGAAUCUUGCGUUCCGACUUUAUUACACUGACAUCACGCAUGUGCCUCGGAAGAACAGUCGCCUCGUUUGCUGGAACAUGCUGGUAUUAACGAGGUAUAUUCCAGAACACAAGGUUCAGACUAAUUACGGGCCGUUCAGUAGAUAUUACGUACAGCAGGACCUCGAUGAAGGUCACAUGAUCACGACUACAAUCCCAGUAGCAGAUCUGACCGACGCAAGCUGUUUGUACACGGAGCCAGAGGAUCCCCAUCUCACGUUGCACAUCGAGUGGGUGGAGUCACACCUGCUGGCCACACCCUCGUACCACGCCCAUGACGAUAUCGACAAGCUCCAGAAACAUCAGAUGAGACGCGAGAUGCUCGCUCUGCAGUCUGAAAACCUGGUCCUGGAAAAGCAGCUUCACAGCUACCAGCAGUCUCUGGCCAAGUCCAUGGGAAAAGACGGCACUCUGAGCCGGCCGGCAAACAUGCCUGUCAUACGGGGCAGCGUCACCACUAGCGAGUCCAGCUUGUCGGAUCGGUCGACAUCGUUGCAACAAAAGAAUAGACCACAAGAACAAUAUGACAAAGUGACUAGUAAACAGAUAUCUUCUCCUCAGGCUAAUACAAAAGCAAAUAUAAUCAACAAAUCCGUUGACAGGUUUGUUACUCCUGCAACCGAAAACGACACGUUGCCCACAAAUAAAAACAGAUUACCAGUGAUUGACAGUGGUAAGGUGGAUAAGUACGAUUUCCCAGCCAGAAGACUGGAGUCUUUAGAUACAGCAGACUCUGGAUUUUCAGAAAGCCAUAUGCAGAUUAUUCCUAAAAAUAGUGAUGGCAUUAUGGUAGAAGAUGUGAAUAGGACGACGUACGAUGCGAUAGAAAUGUACGGGUCGCCCAUAGAUCGACAAGGUACGUCUGCAAGUAAGUACAAAACGCCGAUACCUCUUAGCCCAGCGCGAUUCGAUGAAAGACCAAGUUCAAACAAGAACAGGCGGAAUUCCGGAACGACCAAGUACGAUUUGGACGAAAACACGAUUGGGAUAAAUAGAGAGAGUUACGUUGAACCUAAAGAUAGAUCUGAGACCAGCAAUACCAAUGAAGAGCGGUACAGAGCACCAGACAGUCCGCGACAGGUGCCACGGGAGCGAAAGGGAUCCCGUGGUAGCAGCAGACUGUCCGACAUGGGUCGUGAGGAGAGAAAGAAAGAGUCACGAGAUAAGGGAUAUGAUAAAGAAAGUUCAGUGGUCAGAAUGGCAUAUAGGUAUAGAUGAAACUGAAUUAGAUAAAAAGGAUCAUUGAAAGAUGAAUAUGAAUGCAAUAUAUGUAAACGUGGGUUUCAUAUCCGAUUUGUUUUCAUAAAGAAACACGUCGAUCAAAUUUCAACAGUGUUUCUCUGUUAAACUCAUUUUUAAGAAUUACAAUUUUUAUGAACAAGUAUAUUCAUUUAAAUUAUAUGUAACAUUGAAUGGUAUGUUUUAGUCGAAGAUACUGA